AUUCUUUCUUCAUUAACAGCACCUCCUUUUGUGCCUUCAGGCAGUUUUUGCAAUGAAAAAAGUAUAUCACGUAGUGGGUCACGAUGGAUUCCACAAUAUUGAGAAAGAAAAACGAUGGAGAAACUGGCCAGCACGUGUGAGAUCCCAUAAUAGACGACACAGCAAUGGCUAAUGGUUAACAAGGUCGGAAUAGCACGCGAUUACUAAGAGCUAUAUACUUCUCGAUUCUCGUUUAACAAUGGGAAGCGGAAACCUUGUUCACCUAUAUCUAUGGAUCACUAAUUAAUUGAUCAUUUUUAAUGUUCCGAAUGCAUAAUUGAUAUAACAUUUACUAAAUAACUGAGAAGUCAGAUCCCAUAUAUAAUAGCUGCCUACUGAUUUUUUCUAA